CUGCUAUUUGUGCGUGACUCAGUCACUGCUUUCCAGCAUAUUGAUAAACUUUCACAUGUAGCCAUAAACAACGCUCUCCUGGUUGACUCAGAAGCAAUGACAACUAUUUUUUACACCGAACCUGAAUUGGUGCUUGGCCAUGGACGUGAAGUGCUGUUCCUUAAUCCGAAUGACUUGCAAAUUUUCAAAAACAUCGAGGUGCCAGCUGACCUAACCACAUGUGGACUUAAAAUCGAAGCAACGGACGAGGGCGAGCCGAAAGCAACUUGUGGCUCCAACUUAGAGGUGUCAAUAUUAAAUGUGUGCUAUUCGCCAGAUAGACAGUUGAUAGCACUAACUACUGUCGGGCAAAAGGCUCUGCUGCUCUACAAAAGCCGGCCGGAGCAUGCAAUGCUGCUUUCUGUGCGUGCCUUGUCUCGUGCCUCGAGUGCUUUGGCAUUUGCAGCUGAUUCCAGCUCCGUUCUUGUGACAGACAAGACGGGGGAUUGCUAUCAAUACGAUUGCGUGGAGGUGGAGGCACCGCCCAAACUGCUGCUUGGUCAUCUAAGCAUUGUUUACGACUUAGUGUGGACACCGGAUCUGAAGCAUAUCAUCACCUGCGAUCGGGAUGAUAAGAUCCGGGUGACCAACUACCCGGCUACUCACGACAUACACAGCUAUUGUCUGGGCCACAAGGAGUUUGUAUCUGGACUGGCAUUGCUCCCAGGCAACGAUGAUCUCCUGAUAUCUAUUUCAGGUGAUAAAACACUGCGCUUGUGGAAAUAUCUGACGGGCAAGGAGGUACUGCAGCAACAACUGCCAGCUCCAGCUGUGCGGCUUCAGAUGCGAGAACUUAUCGAAUCCAAGCGUUAUCUAUUAGCCGUGCUAUUCUACGAUCAUGUAGAAGCAAUUGGCCUCUACGAACUGGAGCUAAAAAAGGAUGCUUGGUCGAUUGCCAAGGAGUCUUUGGUGCGUGCAGAGGCGGGUAGCUGGAACAUAACCAAUUUUGCUUUGACCAGCGAUCGGAUCUAUGUGGCUGGUGCUGUAAACGAACGCCUAACGCUCCGCGUGUACAAUAGCGCCGAUGGCAAAGAAGCGGAGUCCGUGCCAGAGGGUUGGCUGGACAUGGUCAUGGAAAACUUUGCGGAGCAAAGGUGCGUGCCAGAAGAUCUGUCCGUGUGGUUUAAGAAGCGAUACGACAACAUCAGCGAAUACAUGGAACGUAAAAAGCGACGCAUCGAGGACCAACAGCAAAAUCAGAAAUAAGACCCACAGGAGCAG